AAACCCUUUUUUUUUAAUAGAAAAAAAGGCAAAUAAUAAGAAAGCAAAAAACAAUUACCUGAAAAAUCCUUGAAGUUGUAGAAAAUUCACAGGGUUUUGAAAUCUCUGGAACGAAAAAAAAGAUGAUGAAAAUAUGGCCAUUUACAAGAAAAGGAGCAUCUGGGUUUUCAGCUGCUUCCACCGCCAAAGAAGUUACUGAUCGAAUUGAUGCGAAUGGCGUCACGGCUAUUGUUACCGGAUCCACAAGUGGUAUUGGAGUAGAAACAGCACGUACACUUGCCUUGCGUGGGGUUCAUGUUGUCAUGGCUGUGAGGAAUGUAGAAGCUGGCAAAAAUCUCAAAGAGAAAAUACUUGAAGAAAUUCCUGCUGCAAAAAUUGAUGUUAUGGAGCUGGAUCUUAGCUCAUUAGCAUCAGUGGAGAAGUUUGCAUCUGAUUUCAAGUCCUCGGGUUUGCCCCUCAAUAUUCUCAUAAACAAUGCAGGGAUUAUGGCUACCCCAUUUCAGCUGUCCAAAGACAACAUAGAAAUUCAGUUUGCAACCAAUCAUUUAGGUCAUUUUCAUUUGACGGAUCUGCUAUUGGAUAACAUGAAGAAGACAGCCCAUGAAAGCAACAGGGAAGGAAGGAUUGUGAUUGUUUCAUCAGAAGCCCAUCGGUUUGCUUAUAGUGAAGGAAUUUGCUUUGACAGAAUCAACGAUGAGUCAGGGUACAACAGCUUGCAGGCUUAUGGACAGUCAAAGCUUGCUAACAUUUUGCAUGCAAAUGAGCUUACCAGACGACUAAAGGAAGAAGGGGUUCAGAUAACUGCAAAUUCACUUCAUCCUGGAUCCAUCACAACCAAUCUUCUGCGUCACCGCAGUUUUAUCAAUGGAUUCAUCCACUCUCUAGGGAAACUUGUGCUAAAAGAUGUUGAGCAAGGUGCUGCGACAUCAUGUUAUGUGGCAUUACAUCCACAAGUGCAAGGAGUAAGCGGCGAAUAUUUCAUGGAUAGUAACAUAGCUCAGCCAACUUCCCAGGCGAAAGAUGCUGUGCUGGCAAAAGAAUUAUGGGACUUCAGUUUGAAGCUCACAAAAUCCUAGCUUCAAGUUACGUUCAGUUGGCGGUGCAGUUUAUUGCUAUGAGCUGUUUUGACGUCUAGCAUACUGAAGAUACUCUCAUAGAAUGAGCUAUGGGCUAUAAGUAGAAUGAGCUGUAACUAUUUCAUAGAAUGAGUUGUUCUUGUUCAAUUACUAUUUAAAACUUUUGCUAUAAAUCUCAAUUGCUUACUAUUC